AUGGACCGCGAAGAGCUCGAGCACUACACCGAGGUCCUCCUCUCGAUGAAGGAGUACGAGGGCUUCGUCUGGCGCGAAGCCUUCCGCAAGAAGAAGCACCUCAAGCGCCUUAGCGAGAAGCACCUGCGCCUCCUUCCGGACGAGACCCAGAAGGCCAAUAUCGCGGCCAUGAUGCGCUGUGCCAAGACGAACCAAGUGUUCUGGGACGAAAUUUGCGAGAUGCAAAAGGGCUACGGGCCCGAAGUUGCGCUUCCAAGCCAUAUCAACUUCAAGGAGCCGCUCAAGACGCCGUACCGCCACUACUCGAAGCUCAAGAGCACGCUGCACCAAUGCGUCCGCGACUGGGCCGAAGAAGGCGCCGAGGAGCGCGAGCAGUGCUACAAGCCGAUCCUGGACGAGCUCAAGCGCGUGCUGCCCGUCAACGCCAGCAACAAGUACCAGCAAAAGGUGCUCGUGCCCGGCGCCGGCCUCGGACGACUGGCGCUUGAGAUCGUCUCGAUGGGCUACGUCACCGAAGGCAACGAGUUUUCGUACCAAAUGCUCUUUACGAGCAACUUCAUCUUGAACUGCGCGACCGAGCCGCAGGCGUUCACGCUGCAUCCGUGGAUCGACAACCCCUGCAACGUCAUGCGCUUUGAAGACUUCAGCCGUCCCGUGACGAUCCCGGACGUCGCCCCCGCCUCGCUUCUCGAUGCUGCCAGCAGCGGCCACGAGCGCACGUUCUCCAUGUGCGCCGGUGAGUUCUUGGAAGUGUACGCGGACGACGUCGACACGUGGGACUGCAUCGUGACGUGCUUCUUCAUCGACGCGGCGCCAAACGUCAUCGAGUACAUGGAAGCGAUUCAGCGCAUGCUCAAGCCUGGCGGCGUGUGGAUCAACCUCGGACCGCUUCUGUACCACUGGGCGAACGGCGAUGGCGACGACGACGAUCGCUACGCCCAGUCGAUCGAGCUCACGUACGAGGAGGUCAAGCACGUCGCCCAAGGCCUCAACUUUACGUUUACGCACGAAGAGCGUCGCGAGUGCUUGUACACGUGCAACCAGCCGUCGAUGCUGCGCUCCGUGUACCAAUGCGUCCAGUUCACGGCCGUCAAGGGCGCCCAGACGACCUCGAGCUCGCCCGCCAAGGCGAAGAAGUAG